UGAACUAAAAAAACCAAGAAGAAUCAGAAGAGGAAGAAAAACAUAAUAUGACACAUAUGAUAAAAUAUAACCAAUUAUACCUGCCUGUCAGCGGUAAUCAGAAAUAAUGCAACGCUUUUGUAAGCAGAAAUGAUUUUAAAACGCGGUUAAGUCGAGCAGAAAGUGCUUGCUUUGUUUUCAUGUUUUUAAUGGGCUUCUGGAGCGAUGAAGAUCACGGACAGCCUGCUGAGGAGUUUUAAAGUCGCCAGGAUUUACCGCCUGAAUUCAGAGAAAGUUAACUGUGUGGACUACAGCUCAAACGGAGAACAUGCCGUCUCCAGCAGCGACGACGACUCUAUCGUUUUAUAUGACAUCCAGGAGGGAAAGCCGUUCAGUACUCUGUACAGCAAGAAGUACGGGGUGGAUCUGAUCCGCUUCACGCAGAGGGAAGCCCAGACUGUGGUCUUCAGCUCCAACAAGCUGGAUGAUACUAUUAGAUAUCUGUCGCUCACUGACAACAAGUUUAUCCGAUAUUUCCCUGGUCACACUGCAAGGGUAACGGCACUCUCCAUGUCUCCGGUGGACGAGACGUUCAUCUCCAGUUCGUUGGAUAAGACGAUCCGCAUCUGGGAUCUGCGAUCUCCCAACUGUCAAGGUUUGACCGAUCCUUUGGGGAAACCUGUGUGUUCAUUUGACCCAGAUGGGCUGGUUUUUGCAGCUGGUGUGGAAUCACAGGCCAUCAAACUGUACGACAUUCGUGCUUUUGACAAGGGUCCCUUUGCGUGCUUUGAGGCCAGAUUAAACCGCGUCUGUGACUGGACUGGACUGAAAUUUAGUAACGAUGGGAAGCUCAUUCUCAUUUGCACCAAUGGAGGCGCCGUUCGCAUCCUGAAUGCCUUCAGUGGAUCGGUGCUGCACACUUUUUCAGGUUACAACAAUAACAAGGGCAUCACCCUGGAGGCCUGCUUCACCCCAGACUCACAAUUUGUCAUGAUUGGUUCAGAGGACGGAAGAGUUCAUGUUUGGAGUACUGAAAGUGGGAUGAAGGUGGCCGUGUUGGACGGCAAACAUCCAGGCCCUAUCAACACUCUGCAGUUUAACCCCAGAUAUAUGACGUUUGCCAGCGCCUGCACAAACACGUCUCUUUGGCUCCCGUGCGUUGAUGACUUAUAGAGGGCUGAAACAGCUUCCGACCCAGCAGUGAAGUCGGAUAUCUUCAUGUGUUGCACUCUACCUUGGCACAGCUGCAACUUGUUAACCAAGAAAUUCAGAAGUAUUUUCAAAUGCCGUUAAUUUUGCAUUUUAAGUUAUUGUUCCUUUUGCGUCAGGAUCCUGUGAAAGGCUAAAAGAUGGUGUCAGUUCUUUGUAAAGAAAAAAAAUAAUGUUUUUAAGACAGUUUAUGUGCUCAUAAUUUUAUACCAUGUCUUUUGUACUACCUGUUCGAUGGACAGCUUUUACUGAGGUUUUUAAUAAUAAACUUUCUUUUUUCUCUUUUGCCAUUUUUGUUCUAAGCGUC